AUGUUGACGACAAAGACGUACACAAAAUUCUUUUCGACGUUCCGCUCGUCCGCCGAACUUGUUCGUCGUUCCCUUCUUCCACCAAGAACGUUAAACCCGGCACCGGCAACCUACCCAAAAACCCUAUCUGGAGCGACCCAAAAUCUUGAACUCCGCUCCUCCUCCUUCCGCCCGCCCACCUGCCAUUCUCCUCCCGCGGUCCCACUUCAUCGCCUCCACCCCGCGAGGCUGCUGUCGGCGGCAGCCGGUACUGCUGCUGUUUCAGAUGAUGGUCUCCAACUCCAAGACGGAAAUAAAGUCACAAAAGGUGGUGAUGGGAAGAUGGUUACUGCCACAAAGAAGGGUGCUGCUGUGCUGGAUCACCACAUUCCUGACCACAUAAAACAGGCCUAUCAUGUCUUGCAAGUGGGUGAUCAGAUCUAUGAUGCCACCUUGAACCAGACUAAUGUUGGUAGCAACAACAAUAAGUUCUAUAUCAUCCAGGUUUUAGAACCUGAUGCUGGUGGACACUUCAUGGUUUACAAUAGAUGGGGGAGAGUAGGGGCAGCAGGCAAAGAUAAGCUACUUGCCUUUCCAAAACGAGGCCGAGCAAUCUAUGAAUUUGAGAGGAAGUUUCAGGACAAAACUAGUAACCUUUGGUCUAACCGCAAAAAUUUUAAACCUUAUGCAAAUAAAUACACUUGGCUUGAAACGGACUACGGUGAAACUGAGAAGGAAACAAACAAGACUGAGAAGAAAGGCUCCAUGACUGAUCGGAUAAAAGAGACACAGCUAGAAAUUCGAACUGCACAAUUCAUAUCCCUGAUUUGCGAUAUUAGCAUGAUGAAGCACCAAAUGGUGGAAAUAGGUUAUAAUGCCGAUAAACUUCCCUUGAAAGCUAAGCAAAUCUACAAUACUGAAGGGUAUGAUGUCCUGAAAAGGAUAUCCAAUGUUAUUUCAAUGGCAGACAAGGGACAGCUUGAGCAAUUGACUGGGGAAUUCUACACCGUGAUUCCACAUGACUUUGGUUUCAGAAAGAUGAGUGAAUUUAUUAUCGACACUUCUCAGAAACUAAAAGCUAAGCUGGAAAUGGUUGAAGCACUAGGUGAGAUUGAGAUUGCAACCAAGCUUUUAGAGGAUGAUUCAAGUGACCAGGAUGAUCCGCUAUAUGCUCGAUACAAGCAACUUCGUUGUGACUUCACACCUCUUGAAGCUGAUUCAGAAGAAUACUCUAUGUUUGCUAGUACAGGAAAUAGGAUGCUUUUGUGGCAUGGUUCUCGGUUGAGCAACUGGGCGGGGAUCCUUUCUCAGGGUCUGCGAAUUGCUCCCCCUGAAGCACCUGUUAAUGGUUACAUGUUCGGCAAGGGUGUUCACUUUGCUGAUAUGUUCUCAAAGAGUGCAAACUACUGCUGCGCUUCGAAAGCAUCUAGAUCUGGAGUCCUGCUUCUAUGUGAGGUUGCAUUGGGCGAUAUGAAUGAGCUACUAAAUGGAGAUUACAAUGCUAAUAACCUACCCAAUGGAAAGCUAAGCACAAAAAGAGUUGGUCAAAUGACACCUGACCUAACAAAGUCUAGGACCACCGAUGAUGGUGUGCUUGUUCCACUUGGGAAACCUACUAAACACGAAUCGUCCAAAACGGCUUGCUUGCGUUACAACGACUACAUAGUGUAUAAUGUAGAUCAGAUAAAAAUGCGGUAUGCCCUCCAUGUUACCUUCAACUUCAAGAGACGCUAG